CUCUGCACUGUGGAUUACUGAAUGAGUCUGAGCAAACCCCUCCAGCCUUCUGUCUCUCCGCCUCAUUUCCCCCUUUCUCCUGCAGGAACAGCAUCUCCGGGACCACCACCAUGAGCCAGAAGGCCGUCCUCAUCUCCGGCUGCUCGUCCGGCAUCGGACUGGCCAUCGCCGUUCUCCUGGCCAAAGAUGAGAAGAAGAGGUUUAUGGUUUAUGCCACAAUGAGGAACCUGGCUAAACAGGAGGCUCUAGUGGAGGCAGCAGGACGCACGCUGGGCCAGACGCUGGAAAUCAGACAGAUGGACGUGUGUGAUGAGAAAUCAAUCAAAGAGUGUGUGGACAGCCUGCCUGACCGCAGAGUGGACAUCCUCAUCAGUAAUGCCGGUUUGGGCUUGGUGGGUCCAAUCGAGUGCCAGUCCAUUGAGGAGAUGCAGUCAGUAAUGAACACAAACUUCUUCGGUUUCGUGCGUCUUCUGAAGGAGGUCCUGCCCGACAUGAAGAUGCGGAAGAGCGGCCAUAUUGUGGUGAUCAGCAGUGUCAUGGGAAUUCAAGGGAUUUUGUUCAACGACAUCUAUGCUGCAUCCAAGUUUGCUGUUGAGGGAUUCUGUGAAAGUAUGGCAGUGCAGGCUAUGAGGUUCAAACUGCACAUAAGCCUAAUUGAACCAGGACCAGUCAUCACAGAUUUUGAGCAUAAAGUGUACGAGGAGGGCAUGAAGAGCGACAUGUCUAAAGUGGACUCAGUGACUGCAGACAUGUUUCUCAAUAUCUACAUGAGGCACUGGACCCAGAUAUUCGAAAGCCUGGGCCAGACGCCGGAGGUUAUUGCAGAGCAUACACUCAAAAUCAUCACAAUGGACAACCCACCAUUCCGUCAUCAGACCAACACCCUGUACACUCCAGUGACCACCCUUAAAUACGCUGACCCCAACGGUGACCUGCCCAUCGAUACCUUCUAUAAGGUGGUGUUCGAGCAUGACAAGGUCUUCAGCGCCAGCCUGAACUUCCUCAAGCUGCUGCGCUGGAGGAGUCGCAAGAGCUUCAGCAGUCUGGAAAAGGACAAGUCUUAACGGCUGUGCCAGAACCCCACAGAGACCACCUGCCCGUCCCUUAUAAACCCCUUUCCUCUUUUAGCUAUAGCACGCAGAUUAUUUUGAAUCUGAUAAUCUGAUUAUGACCAUUAUUAUGCUGAAUGUAUUUUUACCUGGUCUGUGUGCUACCUCGAUAAAGGCUUAUAUAACA